AAUCACUUUCAUAUUAAGCUCUUGUCAUCUACGGAAAGACGUUCACACAGCAGAAGGAGAUCACGGGAUAAUCUCGGCUAUUUUACCCACAAUCGACAAGGGUAGUAAAAGUGCCAGCCACGAAGUUCAACGAUGGUUUUUGAAUCUAUGGUCAGUGAUCUCCUGAACAGGUUCAUCGGAGACUAUGUGGAAAACCUCGACAAGUCCCAGUUGAAGAUUGGCAUUUGGGGAGGCAAUGUUGUUCUGGAGAACCUGAAAGUGAAAGAAAAUGCUUUGAGUGAGCUGGAUGUUCCAUUUAAAGUGAAAGCUGGUCAGAUUGGAAAACUGACAUUGAAGAUCCCUUGGAAGAACUUGUACAAUGAUGCUGUAGUUGCAACGUUAGAUGGUCUCUAUCUGCUGGUGGUUCCUGGAGCAACUGUGUCUCAGUUACGUACAUGUCCAUACAAUGCGAUAAAGUAUGACGCCGCGAAGGAGGAGCGUUACCAGCAGGAGGCCAAGCAGAAGGAGCUGCAGCGCAUUGAGGAGGCGCUACUGAUGGCUGCUCGCAGAGAAAAGCCUCAGAAAGAUGAGAAGAAGGACACGUUUGCUGAGAAGCUGGCCACGCAAGUCAUCAAGAACCUGCAAGUCAAGAUCACCAGCAUCCAUAUCAGAUAUGAGGACGAUAUAUUAGACCCCCAGCAGCCCCUCUCUAUGGGAGUCACCCUGGCUGAGCUGAGUCUACAGACGACCGAUGAGAACUGGAAGUCGUGUAUUCUGAACGAGGCAGCCAGGAUCAUCUACAAGCUGGGCCGUUUGGAAUGUCUGUGCGCCUACUGGAACGUCAACAGUCCCAUCUUCUAUAAAGGCUCCUGGGAAGAGAUACUGGUAAUGACCCUCUCUGUCUUUAUCAGGAAGAGAUACUGGUGCAUCCAGCAGUCUGUCUUCAAGGGACAUGGUGCAGGUGCAUCCAGUCUGUUCCUCAUGUGGACAUGGUGCAUCCAGCAGUCUGUUCCUCAUGUGGACAGCCAUGGUGGACAUGUGUUGCUCUCACAAUGGCCCAGGUGCAUCCAGCAGUCUGUUCCUCAUGUGGACAUGUGUUUGCUCUCCAUGGCCCAGGUGCAUCCAGCCAUCUGUUUCCUCAUGUGGACAUG